AUGAGUCUUCCUGCAAAAUCAGAGCUACAAACUACCAGCAUCAACUCAUUAGUAGAUGAACUUCCAUGGCUGCAAGAUCCAAGUGACUCAAAAGACACAAGCCCUGAACUUGUUUCCCUCGAUUUAAAGCUCUCGAAUAAGGAUUUGGGUGGGAGUUUGAUGCCAGAAGAACUGAACCUUGUUGACUCUUUUGAUGCUGAUAAUUUACCAAAUGACAGAUCUUACCAAGGUGUAGAAGAAGCAGCGGCUAAGCCUCGAGUUUUCUCGUGCAAUUAUUGCCCGAGGAAGUUCUUUAGUUCCCAGGCACUUGGAGGCCACCAAAAUGCUCAUAGUCGAGAGAGAAAAAUAGCUAAAACAGGCAAUAAAUUGGUUACCAAUUCAACUGGGAGCAAAUACUCGAGUGUGCCUUCUCUGCCUCUGCAAGGCUUCAAUGGAUCAGUUGGAAUUCAAGCACGUUCACUGAUUCACAAACCUUUUUCACAUUCACCUUUUUUUGGUUCCUUGCAUCCUUUUCAGCUUGAGGUCUGGAGCAGGCAGUCUCUUUACACCCAAGUGGCAGCUGGCCAAUGGCCCUCGCCAGAGAAUUAUCUGUCGGGGACCUCACCGGUACCGCCAUCAAGUAGCGGAGCAGCAUGUUGUGAUGCUGGUCGGACGCUGUCGUUAAAUAGUGACUCAUUCUCGGAUUCAAACUGUACUCAUAAUGAACUGCACGAGCUAGACUGUUUAGACUUGUCUUUAAGGCUGUAA